CUGACGUCACUCCUUCCUGCAGCCCUCUCUGCUUAGCCACCUCCGACCCCUCCCCGCGACGGCCGCAGCGCAGCCCUGGGGGAGGGGGACUCAUCUCUGCAUUUGCCUCCCCGCCCCCUCAGCCCAGGCCGGGCGCCACGUGGGGUGCAGGGGGCACCGUGCCAACCCCCAGCCGCCCCGCAAUGCGAAAAGCAGGGCGGGGCCUGGGAAGGGGCGGGGACAUCGGGGGCGGGGCGGGAGCGAGGAUUUGACAGACGGGGCCGGUGCUCCCCGACAGCGGGCGGGCAGGGUGGCAGCCGCCCCGCCGUUCGGUGGGUCCGCAGGUCCCCCGAGCUUGCGCCUCCACCUCCCCUUGGGCUUUCGCGGGAGCCAGCCCCCGGCGCGGGCCGGACGGCAGCGACAGCGGCUUUGGCCAAUCGCCGGGCGCGCCGGGGGACUCGCAGGGGCGGGGCAGGAGCUGUCCUCACCCGGCGGUGCUGAAAAAGGGAGCUCCCGAGAUAAUCGGAGCCGAGGCCGCGGGCCACUGGCGGGGGGCACGCUGUCUUUAAGGACAGAGGUCCCUCCUCCCCAGCUCUGGCCUGUCACCUCUUAGACGCUUCGAAACCUCGCCAUUCUCCUGGGGAAGGGAAAGCCCCUUCCACUGUUAAGCUUCUACAAAAGGCGAAGUCUUACGGGGAUCCGGAUAUGGACUGACAGCAUAUUGGGGGACCGAGCGGUGCAACCCCUUGGCGCCCUGGGAGGAGGAGACUCAGGUUCCAGAUGUGCUGGAAUGGAGGGGGCAGGGUGCUAAUGACUUCUGGGGCCAGAGAGUUGCCUUUGCCUCCCCUAGAGGCCGCGGGAGUGAGGAUUACGGUUCUAGCUCCCGAGCCCUCCUUCCUCCAUCUGCACUUCCUCCUCCGCCCUCCUCCGCAAAUAAAUCCCAGGCCCCUCCCUUCGCCCGUCCCCAGGAUCUGACGUGGGCUCGACACCUUUUUCAGCCUGUCCCUCCCGCAGUUCUAGUGCCCGAGCUUCGGCUCUCCGGGUUCUGCAACCCUUUCCUUUCCUGACAAUCCCCGCUAGAGCCCAGGGGGUACCCUCCCAGUUCUCAGCCCCACCCAGGCCCCCGGACGCUGCCUUCCUGUGCCCCACUCCCCUGGCUUGGGAUCCAACCAGCCCGGGGGACCCAGGCGCCCGAACGGGAGGGUAACCUUCGGCCCUCUCGGCCCCACCCCCUGCAGCUAGAGCCGCGCCCCCUUCUACCACAGACCCCAGAGCGAAGGACAGAGAUUGAGGCAAGGGGGGUGGAUUCCAGGCAACCAACCCCUAGCCCAAUUCUGCCCCUCCAUCCCAAGGGGCACAGAAAUUGUCUUCUUUUACUGACUCCCGAGCAGGAAAGCAAAAUCAAAGGGAAAAAUAAAAGGACACGGAGGAAAAGUGGCAACUAGAUUAUUUAGGAGAGGCGCAGAGGAGACUGGGUGAGUCGCCAUGGGGACUCCCAAGGCCCAGCACCCGCCGCCUCCCCAGCUGCUGUUCCUAAUUCUGCUGAGCUGUCCCUGGAUUCAGGGUCUGCCCCUGAAGGAGGAGGAGGCACUGCCGGAACCUGCAAGUGAGACCCCCACAGUGGCCUCUGAGGCCCUGGCUGAGUUGCUUCAUGGGGCCCUGCUGCGGAAGGGCCCGGAGAUAGGCUACUUGCCGGGACCUGAUCCAGACCCCACACUAGCCACCCCUCCAGCCGGCCAGACUCUCGCAGCACCCUCCCUGCCACGGGCCACUGAGCCGGGGACAGGGCCUCUGACCACAGCUGUAACCCCUAAAGGGGUCAGGGGGGCAGGACCCACGGCCCCGGAGCUGCUGACCCCGCCCCCGGGCACCACGGCCACGCCCCCUCCCGGCCCCGCCUCCCCAGUCCCGCCCCUCGGUCCGGAGGGCGGCGAGGAGGAGACCACUACUACCAUCAUCACCACGACAACUGUCACCACUACAGUCACCAGCCCAGUUCUGUGUAAUAACAACAUCUCGGAGGGCGAAGGGUUUGUGGAGUCUCCAGAUUUCAGCAGCCCCUCCAGCCGCACGCUGGGGCUCCUGGACUGCACCUACAGCAUCCACGUCUACCCUGGCUAUGGCAUUGAGAUCCAGGUGCAGACACUGAACCUGUCUCAGGAGGAGGAGCUCCUUGUGCUGGCUGGCGGGGGGUCCCCAGGCCUGGCACCCCGAGUCCUAGCCAACUCCUCCAUGCUGGGAGAAGGACAGGUCCUUCGGAGCCCAACCAACCGGCUGCUUCUGCACUUCCAGAGCCCACGGGCCCCAAGGGGAGGUGGCUUCAGGAUCCACUAUCAGGCCUACCUCCUGAGCUGUGGCUUCCCUCCCCGGCCGGCGCAUGGGGAUGUGAGUGUGACAGAUCUGCACCCUGGGGGCACUGCCACCUUCCACUGUGACUCAGGCUACCAGCUGCAGGGUGAGGAGACGCUCAUCUGCCUCAAUGGUACCCGGCCGGCCUGGAGUGGUGAACCCCCCAGCUGCAUGGCCUCCUGCGGCGGCACCAUCCACAAUGCUACGCUGGGCCGCAUCGUGUCCCCUGAGCCUGGGGGAGCGGCGGGGCCCAAUCUUACCUGCCGCUGGGUCAUCGAAGCAGCUGAGGGACGCCGGCUACACCUGCAUUUUGAGAGGGUCUCACUGGAUGAGGACAAUGACCGGCUGAUGGUGCGCUCAGGGGGCGGUCCCCUGUCCCCCGUGAUCUAUGACUCAGACAUGGACGAUGUCCCAGAGCGAGGCCUCAUCAGUGACGCUCAGUCCCUCUACGUGGAGCUGCUCUCAGAGACACCCGCCAACCCCCUGCUGCUCAGCCUCCGAUUUGAAGCCUUUGAGGAGGACCGCUGCUUUGCUCCUUUCCUGGCGCAUGGCAAUGUCACGACCACAGACCCUGAGUACCGCCCAGGGGCACUGGCCACCUUCUCGUGCCUCCCAGGGUACGCUCUGGAGCCCCCAGGCCCUCCCAAUGCCAUCGAAUGUGUGGAUCCAACAGAACCCCACUGGAACGAUACAGAGCCAGCCUGCAAGGCCAUGUGUGGUGGGGAGCUGUCUGAGCCAGCUGGCGUGGUCCUCUCUCCUGACUGGCCCCAGAGCUACAGCCCCGGCCAGGACUGCGUGUGGGGCCUGCAUGUCCAGGAGGAGAAACGCAUCUUGCUCCAGGUUGAGAUUUUGAACGUGCGGGAGGGCGACAUGCUGACACUCUUCGACGGGGACGGUCCCAGCGCCCGGGUCCUGGCCCAGCUGCGGGGGCCUCAGCCGCGCCGCCGCCUCCUCUCCUCCGGGCCCGACCUCACGCUGCAGUUCCAGGCGCCUCCCGGGCCCCCAAAUCCGGGCCUGGGUCAGGGCUUCGUACUGCACUUCAAAGAGGUCCCGAGGAACGACACCUGCCCCGAGCUGCCCCCUCCGGAAUGGGGCUGGAGGACAGCGUCCCACGGGGACCUUAUUCGGGGCACGGUGCUCACGUACCAGUGCGAGCCUGGCUACGAGCUGCUGGGCUCGGACAUUCUCACCUGCCAGUGGGACCUGUCCUGGAGCGCGGCGCCGCCCGCCUGCCAAAAGAUCAUGACCUGUGCCGACCCUGGAGAGAUCACCAACGGGCACCGGACAGCCUCGGACGCUGGCUUUCCUGUGGGCUCCCAUGUGCAGUACCGCUGUCUGCCAGGGUAUAGCCUGGAGGGGGCAGCCGUGCUCACCUGCUACAGCCGGGACACCGGCACGCCCAAGUGGAGCGACCGGGUCCCGAAGUGCGCCUUGAAGUAUGAGCCGUGCCUGAACCCCGGGGUCCCCGAGAAUGGCUACCAGACGCUGUAUAAGCAUCACUACCAGGCUGGCGAAUCUCUGCGCUUCUUCUGCUAUGAGGGCUUUGAGCUUAUCGGCGAGGUCACCAUCACCUGUGUGCCCGGGCAUCCCUCCCAGUGGACCAGCCAGCCCCCACUCUGCAAAGUGGCCUAUGAGGAGCUCCUGGACAACCGAAAACUGGAAGUGACCCAGACUACAGACCCGUCACGGCAGCUGGAGGGUGGAAACCUCGCCUUGGCCAUCCUGCUGCCCCUGGGCUUGGUCAUUGUCCUCGGCAGUGGCGUUUACAUAUACUACACCAAGCUGCAGGGAAAAUCCCUUUUCGGCUUCUCGGGCUCGCACUCCUACAGCCCUAUCACCGUGGAGUCGGACUUCAGCAACCCCCUGACACACGGGAGUACGAAGUUUCCAUCUGAGCGCAAGACCGAGUCUGCAGGACCCAGGACACCCCUUCCCUCCUCAUUCAGGGCAGUGGGGAGCCCAGGGCCUGGUCUCUGGCUCCUGGCUUCCUUUAUCCCUGCUGUGUAAAUAGUUGCCCCAUCCCACGAUGGGGCUUUGAUGGCCCUGGAGACCCUACAGUAAAUAAACCAGCAUCCUGCCGCCCAAAGCCGCCUCUUCUCAGUUGCCAAACAAGGGGCCUGCCCCCUACCCUGCUGGCUUUCGGACCCUGGGAAGGGAACUCAGCUCCCUUGCAACUCCCGGCUCUACCCUCCCCUUGGCUGUGAAGGCUGCUCCCCUCCCUGAUGCCUGAGUCCCGGCCUCGGACAGGGGCAAAGAAGAAGGAAGCGGGGAGAGCCGGGCCAAGGUCCUGCCCCGUCCUGCUGUUUCCCUACCCACAGUCUCUCCACCUUUGCUUCUGGAGUUUUUUGGUUUUGAGCAAUAAACAGAAAAUCACCACUUGUAA